GCAAGUAGUUCUCCCUGUGUUUCCAUCGACUUUAAUUUGCCACCUCGACAAAAACGAUUUCUCCCUGUUGUCCUAGCAAUCAUCGGAUUCAUUGGCCUCUCCUUUAGUGUGUCACCACCUUCAUUCUAGUUUCAUUCUCAUCCCUUUCGAAUAUAGUCUGAAGAUGGCUCUUAUUGAAACCCUUUUUGCUGUUCCGAUCAACCAGGCCAGAGCAGCGUCCUUGGCAUUUUGGAAGACUCGCCAGAAUGAACCUGAAACCCACUCAGAUGGGCAAAGAGGCGUGGAUCGGGAGCAAGGAGAAGAACCGGAUCAGACUUCCUCGGCGCAAUUCCCUACCCUCCAUUCCUUGCUCUACUCGCCACAAUUCUGGACGCAAGCCUUACUUGCCAUCAAUUACCUGAGCACAUGGAGUACAUUGGACGAUCAAAAUGUGACCCAAGAUGAUCUCGUUCCCACUGUUCGACCCUGGUCAGAUCAUCAAGUACAUGAUCUGCUUGGACAAUUGGUCCCUGACCCAGUGGUUGCCGCCCAAAUGGCCCCCCUUCCCGAAGAGACCGUGGAACCUCUCAAUAACGAGGAAGUGCCCGAUUACAUUGUUGAGGGGACGAUACGAGCUCAAAGGAAGUAUCCAAACAGCUCCGUUUUCUAUGUGGUAAAUGAUCAAGACCAAAUCAUUGUCAACCAAGAGACAAAUAGACCGAAAGUUGUUUGUUACAAAUGCUUCAAAGAAUUUCAAGACGAACACUCCAUUUAUCGGCACUUGCAAAUCCACGACAAGUCGAACCGUCACCAAUGCCCGCUCUGUCCCAGCAGUCACGUUCAAAGAUAUAAUUUGAGGAUCCAUAUGGAGACCCACAUUGGGAUGGACGUGCCUCAGGAAAUCAAGUACACUUUGCCCCACGAUUUCCGGGGCAUUAUCGACGGCGAUCCGGAUAUCAUCAACCCAGUAAAGUUUCAAAAGAAACUUGCCCGAGCCUUGAAGAAGAGGAUCAAGACCACUACUUGCAUCGAAAGUAUUCAAAGCCUUCAAAGCAAGUUAUUAUCUUUGGAACAUGGGAACGCAUACAACUUGAGGAUCCAUAUGGAGACCCACAUUGGAAUGGACGUGCCCCAGGUGGUCAAGAACACGUUGUCCAUUGACUUCCGGUCACAUCAUCAACCCUGUGAAGAUUCAGAAUAA